UGCCUGUGAGGAAGUGUGGCGACACUGCUACUGUCCAAGACCUAUCCUUCAUACUGUCCGGUACUGGAUAACCAGGUAUUUUGCAUUUUAUUAGAACAAUUUUUGACACGCACAUUCUGUCGUGGCAUACGUUUUUUCUGUCUAUUGAGGAGGACUGUGCCUUAAGUGUUUACACUGUUCCAACGGAUUGGAUAACAGAGGUGCAUUACUUUACAGAGCUAACCAAGUAACGUUAGCUAGCGUUUCCUUAACGAUAACGAUUUAAGUUGUGCAAGCUAAAUUGAUAAAUCGGUGUUCAUGCCGGAUUUCGAGCAUUUCAGAUUUUCUCAUAGAAGAAUGAAUCCUUUACUCGGGGAGAGCGUGUAUUCGCUCCAGCAUCAGCAACAGAAUCAGUUUUCAGGUCUAUCAGAGUCAUCCAAUACGGGGUUGAUGCCCGACUCAUUUUACGGUGCCCCUGACUCUAAUAUUUUCUUGGGCGAGUACCCUGGCGUAGGACCGGACAGUUUGUCCAGUAUGCCGCCUACCGGACUUGCAUACUUGCACCUCAACAACAGCCUCCAUCGCGCGCCACCACCCGCACCUGCCGCCAUGGCCUUGCGCAAUGACCUGGGGUCCAACAUAAGCGUCCUGAAGACACUCAAUUUGCGUUUCCGUUGCUUCUUGGCAAAAGUUCAUGAGCUUGAGCGUCGAAACAAGGCUUUGGAGAAACAGCUGCAGCAGGCGCUGGACUCUCACAACAAUGGAGGUAUGGGGAGAAGGCCACUCACUCGAGAUGUCGGCGUUCAGACGGGGUUUGUUGGGCCCAUACCGAUUAGGCCGGAUUUCAUCCCUCUCCAAAAUGCAACCAACGCAGCUUAUUUGACCGGGACCCUCCUGUCCCCUUCCCUGAACACAGCAGACACUCUUGAGCCACAUUUCAAUCCAACCCUGGGGAUUGUAAAUCCCUCCGUCCCAGACUCCAACUUCAACCUCACCUCCAACAUAACCAUUAGUCCAGCCACUCCAACUGACCCACCCAAGACCAUAUCCAACAUAAACGAGAGAUUUAUGAGUACCGGAACUACCACGUGCAACAACCCCCCACCCAGGUUCCUACCUGGAACCAUUUGGUCCUACAACCAUACUCGCAGGCCAAGCCCAGGUUUCGCCAAAGAGACUCGGACAGUGGGGCCUGGGGUGUCAUGGAGUCAGCCGGAUGGAGUGGGCGUCCAGAUUGACACCAUCACACCUGAGAUUCGUGCGCUGUACAAUGUGUUGGCCAAAGUCAAGCGAGAGAGAGACGACUAUAAACGAAGAUGGGAGGACGAGUACACAGUGAGAGUGGACCUCCAGGAAAAGCUUGCAGACCUGGAGGAGGACCUCCAGGAGAGUGAAGUGUGUCAGGAUGAGCUGGCCCUGAGAGUCAAACAGCUGAAGGCUGAACUGGUGCUCUUCAAAGGCCUGAUGAGUAGUGACCUCUCUGACCUGGAUAGCAAGAUUCAGGAGAAGGCCAUGAAGGUGGACAUGGAUAUCUGCCGCCGGAUCGACAUUACAGCUCGCCUGUGCGACGUGGCUCAGCAGAGGAACUGCGAGGACAUGAUCCAGAUUUUCCAGGUGGCCACUCCCCCAUCAACACUCCGUCGCCCAAGGAAGCAGACGCAAGUGGGCGAUGAGCCAAUCAGCCUCUCUGAGAGCGAGGAGGGCGGGAACAAGGAAGUAGAAUCCUGCACAUCAGCCAAUCAGAUCAAUGAGGAGAUGCAGAGGAUGCUUAAUCAGCUGCGGGAGUGUGAAUUUGAGGACGACUGUGACAGUCUGGCCUGGGAAGAGACAGAGGAAACCCUGCUGCUGUGGGAGGAUUUCCCAGGAUGCACCUUGGCAAUGGACCCCCAGGGCGAAGUGUUUCCUCAGCCAGAGGAAUCCAUUGAGAAAGUGAUCAAGGACACAGAGUGCCUGUUUAAGUCCCGAGAGAAGGAGUACCAAGAGACCAUCGACCAGAUUGAGUUGGAGUUGGCCACUGCUAAGUCGGACAUGAACAGGCACCUGCAUGAGUACAUGGAGAUGUGCAGCAUGAAGAGAGGCCUGGAUGUGCAGAUGGAGACCUGCAGGAGACUCAUCACUCAGAGUGGAGACAGGAAGUCGCCUCUACAGAUAUCAGUGGCCGUGGAGGAGGCCGAUGGUGGAGAGAAGGAAAAGCCAAAGGCCUCACUGGCCGCCGACUCCGCUGGUAAAAACGACCAGGCCGGCACGGCUGUCCAGGAUGUCGCCCGGAAGAAAACCUAACCUCAACCUUCACGCCCAACCUCAAUCACUCCAUGCGUGUUUACAUGACCAGUGAUUUGGCUAGACCAG